AUGAAAGCUGCAUCGCAAGUCCCCACUAAGGGAACUUUGUACCCGGAGCAACCUGUCAGAGUUGUCAUACCUCCAAAUCUGGAUGUCAUUGAAACUAAGAACCUUCUCUUGCGUCCCUUGAGAUCAAGCGACGCGGCACACGUCUUCGAGUUUCGAUCUCGACAAGACGUAGCGAAUUGGCUAUGGCCGAAAAUACCCCACAAGCAUAUCGAGGAAACAGAAGCAAACAUUGCCAGUAAGGUCUUUCGGACUCCCGACGCAACCGGAGCUGUUGGCAAACAAUUUCACUUCGCAAUUAUCAGCGCCAAAGACCCCACACAAAAGGUUAUCGGUACAGUUGGAAUCAAUUCCCUUGCUCCAGCUCCUUCGAUUGGAUAUGGUCUCCAUCCAGACUUUUGGGCCAAGGGCUACGCCAGUGAAGCUGUGGCAGGACUGAUAAAUGCGUGGUGGAAAUUGGACCGGAUAGACCCGGUGCAAUUGAGAUCAGGGUCAGAGGAGGAAAGAUUAUUCGCUGCGUGCAAUAAAGUAAAUGUCGGAAGCAUGAAGGUUCUCCAAAAAAGCGGAUUCAAGAUCUAUCGGGAACUGUACCUCGAUGGAGAUACGCUUGCCCUCUUUGAUCUUGAAAGACCCCAAAGUUAG